GUUGUUGCAUGCGCUUCAGUCUCCCCUAAUGCUUGUCCCUUCCGGGCGCUCUCAUCGCUCUCCUACCUUCUCCGCUACACAGCUUGAAGGUCCCCUCCUCCGGGAAUCUCACCCGUCCCACUUGCCAGGAAGAACCAAGCAAAUUUUCUGAGUGAGACACCUUGUCCUCACUCAGGCAUCUUGUAGGCGGCUUCAGUGAGUUGUUGGGGCAGAUGCGCCAGGAGCUCCCGAGGGCAGGGACGGCGUCUUAUUUCUCUUUUUAAGUCCACAGGGCUUGCACAAUAGAUGCCCGAAAAAUGAGAGUGAAUUUAGAAUGAGUGACCGAGUGGCUGAAGAUUGCCUCCUUCCUUUCCCAGUCUGUCAGUUACUUACCCUGUGACAAGCCCUUGGGAUGGGCAGUCGCCCCUCUCUAGCCUAUGACUGCUGGCUGCCCCCACUGACACCUUAUACCCUUGAUCUGAUCAUAAAUAAGAAGCAGCCAGGGGACCUCGAGACUGAAACUGAUUUAGAGACUUCUGGGAGCUUUUUUCAUUUCUCUCCUCCCAUCCGGCCAGGACAGAUCCCCGCCCAGGAAGGGGCUAUUGACGGUAGCGGGCUGAGCGCCCAGAACUGGGACUGGGAUCGUGGCAGGGUGGGGCGGGCAUGGGGACCCGGCCGGGAGGUGAGCGCAGCUGUAGCUGCCAUUCAGCUUGUGGGUAGCACUCGGGCCGAGCCAUGCAGGCAGCGCGCGUGGGCUACAUUGCUCCCUGGUGGGUCGUGUGGCUGCACAGUGUCCCGCACCUCGGCCUGUGCCUGCAGCCCAUGAACAGCACCUUCAGCCCCGGCGAUGAGAGUUACCAGGAGGUGAAGCAGAACCUGAUGAACGUCUCCUACCACAUCACCCAGGACACCAGCAUCAUCGCUGACCUGCGGGCCGAGAUCCAGCGACUCAAGUGCAAGACUGAUGAGCAGACUGGGCGGGGCCAGGCCCGGGGCCGGCAGGAUCGGAGUGACAUCCUCUACAUCCAAGCUGAGGUUCAGCUGCACAGCGGGCAGGGUGAGAAGGCCGGCAUGGGACAGCUUUGGGAGCAGCUCGUCAGCGCCUUCCGGGAGCAGAUGGGUGUGUGGAGGCACCUGCUGGAGCUGGAGAACCGCGCCAUGGAGGUCCAGAUUAACACCUCCCGACACCUGCUCACCACCGCCAGCUGGAAGCACCAGAAGUCCCACCGGGCCCUCAAAUGGCGGGAGGAGCAGCGGAAGGAGUGCUACGCUAAGGACAACAGCGAGAAGGACUCAGACACAGGCGAUGACCAGCCAGACAUCCUGGAGCCGCCCGAGGUGGCCGCAGCCUGGGAGAGCAUUGCAGCCCUGGUGGGCGAGCAGAAGCAGCUGCAUGAGCAGAAGCUGGCGCUGGAGCAGCGCUGCCAGGAGCUGCGCGAGGAGGGCCGGCGCCUGAAGGAGAGGCAGUGGCGCGUAGGCUCUGGGAAGCGGCGCGAGAUGCUCAGCCUGCUGUGCCGCAUGCACGAGCUCGAGAUGGAGAACACCCUGAUGCAGCUUGAGGCUGUGCACCGCCGGGAGCAGGACUGCAGUCUCUGCUACGAGAUUUUCCAGGGCCAGCAGCAGAUCAUCGAUAACUACAACCUGGCCGUCUCGUAGCUCCUGGAAGAGCUCUACAAUGUGAACCUGCGGGAGCUGGAGGAGGGCAGCCUGGAGCAGGCCACCAUCAUGGACCAAGUGGCCUCCAGGGCCCUGCAGGAGAGCUCCUUGCCCAAAAUCACCCCAGCAGGAACCUCGCUGACCCUAGAUUCUGACCUGGAGAGUGUGAAGACAUUGAGCUCUGAUGCCCAGUGCCUGCAGAACAGCGCCCUCCCUCCCCUCAGCACAGAGAGUGAAGGCCACCAUGUGUUCAAGGCUGGUACUGGGGCCUCGCAGGCAAAAAGCUCUUCUGUGCCCACCCUACCUCCCAUUCAGCUUGGCAGCCUGGUGACGCAGAAGGCUCCGGCGCAGGACAGCCUGGGCAGCUGGAUCAACUCCCCCGACAGCAGUGAGAAAUUGUCGGAGAUCCUUUUGUCCCACAAAGAGAGGAAGGAGAUCCUGACUGGCGCCAAGUGCAUCUCAGUGAAGGCCGCCUGGCAGCGCUUGUGGGCCCUGGGCACCAAGGGGCGACACCUGCUGGCGCCCACGACAGAGCGCAGAAGCCUGUCCCUGCAGUCACUUAGUGAGGGCGACGAUGCGUGGCUGCCCAGCCCCACGCUGCAGCAUGCUGCCAGUGAGGAUAAGCUGUCCAGCAGCACGGGCGAGGCCCCGUCCCGGGCAGUCGGGCAUCAUGAGGACAGGCAUCUUCUGGCUGCGUGGCCAGAAGAAAAGCCUGGGCAUGAAAAGGGAGGAGUCGCUGGAGGCAACUCCAAGGAAGGAGAGGUCCCGAUACUUCGAGAUCACCGGGCAAGGGGUGAGGUGAGGAGAGGCCUCCCAGCCCUGGACAGAAUGCUGUUGCCAAACCCUAAACAGCCCUGAGGCCAGCCUCGGCCU